ACAACAUAAAUGGCCGCUCAUGCGUAGAGCUAUCAUCGUAAACCGCCAAAUAAGUGAUAGAAUAACAUUUCCAGAAUUGUUCAAAGAAAUUUAAAACCGUCAGCUAGUCAGUGUUGAAUUUUGUGUUGGUUCGACGACAAAUAUAAAUGCCUAGCGUUAAGGAUGAAUCUGAAGCAGAAGGGGAAGAAAUGUCACAUGAUAGUAACGAAAGUAAUCAGAGCUCUGCAUCAUGUGACAGUAGCGCUGAACAUACUGACAGUGAUGAUUCUUCAGAAAUGGAUGAAGAUGAGUGUGAGAGGAGACGGAACGAAUGUAUGGAAAACUUAUUAGAUUUAGAAAGGCAAUUUACUCUUCUUAAGGAACAAUUGUAUCGAGAAAGAAUCACGCAAGUUGACACAAAGCUAGGAGAAGUUCGUGUUGGAAAAUCUGAAGAAUACCUAAUACCACUAGAGCGCUUAAAGGAAAACAUGAAAACAAAAACGGAAGUAGCUGGUAUACUAAAGAAUUACAGGUUACAAAAUAUCCAAAAUAAAUUCCAAGCAGAAGAACAGGCUGCCUUACAGAAUUUUGAAAGUGAAAAAGGUUUAAUCUGGGAUUACAUCCAUAAUGAUCUCCAAGAUAAAAUUCGUCGUUUAGAGGAAGAUAGAAAUAAUGUGGAUAUACAUGCGGAUUUAUGGCUCAACACGACUGGCAGAAGACGCAGAAACCACACAGAGAGAAGACGAGCAGUUUCUGUCUCAGGUCCCUAUAUCGUUUAUAUGCUCAAUGACGCAGAUAUACUGGAAGAUUGGGCAUUAAUAAAGAAAAGCCUAAGUAGUCGGAAAGCGGAAAUUAUGUAAUUCUUGGGGAGUGUCAAAGAACGGCUGAAAAUACUUCCAAUAUUAAUAUUAUGCGCUCAUCUUCAACACGAACAGAUUUUGGAAAUUAUCAAUCUUUAGAUAUAUCAGGAAAUUGUGUGAAAAUGGAAAUGAAACUGAGGCAUUUCCAGUUCUAGUAUUUAUUGCGCGUCUGAUGUCUGUACAGUGUGCCUUGGAAAGAAUAAAAUAUCAAAUUUGCCAAAAUGUA